AAAUUAAUCCAACAGAAGCGAGGAAACGGUCGAGGCGCCAGAGACCGAAACACCGGAGAGCCAGGGAAACGAGAGCUACCGGAGCGGGAGGGUGCAGGCAGUCACCAUGAGGAGAAGUGAAGCUAUUGCUGCGGAGUCUGUGGCAUGUCUAAAUUCAGCGUUGGCACGUCUCCGCGAUAUCUGGGAAGAAAUUGGUAUUCCAGAGGACCAGCGCUUGCAAAGGACUGAUGCUGUUAAGAGGCAUGUAAAUCUCCUCCUUACAAGGAUGAUUGAAGAAGAGGAGAACUUGAAGGAUCGGCUUUUAAAAAGCAUCAAUGUUUGUCGCAAAGAACUUAAUGGGUUGUGUGAGGAGCUGCAACUUCCACCAUUUGAAGAGGAUGAUGAUAGCACCAUCUUGCAGUUGGAGAAAGAUUUGCGGACCCGUGUGGAGGUUAUGCUAAAGCAGAAGAAGGAAAGAAUGCAAGAACUGAAAUUGCUAAAGGAGCGGGAUCAAGAAUUGUGCGAUAUAUUGUGCACAUCUCCUUUCUGCAUUGAUUGCCAUAGCGUCCCAAGCUUAGAUGAAUUGGAUCAAUUCAGGAGACAUCUGGCUGCUCUUGCUACAGAAAAGGAGCACAGAUCUGCCGAGUUUGUAAAUACCAAAAAGCAGAUAAUUCUUUGUAUGGAAGAACUGGAUCGUAUUCCUGACACAAGCUUUGAACGGGAUGUGGUGUGUGAAGACGAUGAAGCGUUCUGCCUCUCAAAAGAGAACCUUGCAGCUCUACAUGAACUACUCUUUCAGCUCGAGGAGCAGAAAAUAAGAAAUCAAUCAUUAUGUGAAGAGUUGCGCUCCAAAAUAAUUGAGCUUUGGGACCGGCUUCAGAUUCCCGAAGAAGAACGCAGCGCAUUUUCUGUGUACAUGACUGGCUCAAAAGGCAAAAUCAUAAAAGCAUUGCAAGAUGAAGUGGAUCGUCUUCAAGAGUUAAAGCUGCAGAACAUAAAAAACUUUGUUGAAGUAAUUCGGACAGAACUUGUGACAUAUUGGGACAAAUGCUUCUGCAGCCACGAACAAAGACAAGCCUUUGCUCCUUAUUACGAUGAGGAUUACAGUGAAGACCUGCUUUGCCUACACGAUGCUGAAAUCAAUCGUAUGAAACAUUACUAUGAGGUACACAAGGAGAUGUUUGAAGGUGUACAGAAAUGGGAAGAGAACUGGAAGCUCUUCUUGGAGUUUGAUAAAAAAGCAACAGACCCAAACAGAUUCACAAACAGAGGAGGCAAUCUCCUAAAAGAAGAAAAGCAGAGAGCAAAGCUGCAGAAGAUGCUUCCAAAGCUGGAAGAGGAGUUAAGAGUUCGCAUUGCAGGCUGGGAAGAAGAACAAGGCCAGGAGUUCUUUGUUAAUGGAAAGAAAUUCAUGGACUAUGUUACAGAGCAAUGGGAGCAGUUCAAUCUGGAGAAAGAGAGGGAGAAACAAGAGCGGCAAAUAAAAAAGUCUCGGCAACUAGAGGAGGAAAUGUUUUAUGGAAGUGCACCGAGGACUCCAAGCAAGCGGCGCGUCCUUGGGCCUAACACUCCCGGGAAAGUCCGCAAGCUUAACGGCACCUCUGUCUCCAAUACUACAAACAGCACCCUGCGCUCCGCAUUCAGUGGCACGCUUUGCCACUCGCCCGUAUCCCGGCCCCCGCUCUCUGCUGGCAAGCCCGCAUUACCUACACGGACUCCAACAAGAGUGUUCAAAACUCCCCAGACCAGGCGACUGGAGAAGAAUAAGGAAAAUAUGUCCCAGCUGAAUGGAACCGCCAUGAGCGGUGGGUGCCACCUCACAAUUCCUGCCCAGCGUAACCUCAGCGUUAACUCUGUUGCCAGCACCUAUUCUGAGUUUGCGAGGGAAUCUACCCAUAUUGACUCCACAACUAUUGAUUCCAGCGAGAACUUUCAAAAGCCACAAGUUCUAAUGCAAACCCUCGAAUACUGAACUCCACCAUUACCCAUAUGUAAUGUUCCAGGAGUUGGAUUGAAAGACACAAAGGACCAGGUGCGCAUCCCAUGUCAAGCAUCAGCCCAGAGGCUGCCAUGUUUUAUUUGGGUUUCUGGCAUUCUAGAUGAAGUGUAAAUUCCCACGGACUCUCUGACGGGGUAACUAAGUUAUUUCUGGAAGUUUUUUAAUGCACACCAACAAGAGUCUGAGCAGAUUUUGCACACUGAUUUCAUCUCAUUAGCAAAUAUAUUAAUAAACUCUAGCUUCAAGACCUGAAAUCUAAUCUAUUAAACUACCCAAGUUGGUUGCUCUAUUGAUUUUUGCAACUGGUGGUUUGCAUUUAUAUUUUGUUUUUUGCAGCUGAAGGUGUAAUGUAUAAUACAGUCUUUAAAUGUUGCUGUACAUGUAUUUCAUGGCUAAUUCUCACGGCAAAGUUUAAUAUUUUAUGUGUAUAUACGGUUUUUAGGUUGUCUUUUUAUGAUCAUGAACUACUUUGCACCUUUUCCAUGUCACUACAGCUGGUUCCAUAAGUCUUUUUGUAUUUUGGUCAAAUGAUGGUAUAGAGUAGGGCUGUCCAAGUGUGGCCCUCUGGCACUGUAACAGCAACACACUGUGGCUGGGCUAGAAAGGUUGGUGAAGUGGUAGGAAGUCUUGCCGCUGGGGCCACAACUGGACAGCACCUCAUGCAGAGCUCCUCAUAAAGGCUUAUGCAUAAACUUGAACCUACCACGCUUAACACUAAAGUGACCAAUUUAUACCAUUUUUAGUAGGGGCUCAUGAGGCUUUUAUUUGAAUUUUUUAAUAUUUUUUUUUAUUAUUCCUAUCCCUAGUAAAGUGACACCAAGCCAAAAUGUAAUGUUAUAUAUACAGGGAUACAGAAGAAGUGGUUAGAGAGGUUUUUAAUUCAUAAAAAGUAGAGUUUAAAACCCAAUCCCAUUAAGGCAGAAGUACUAGUUUGGGUUUCAUCAAGAGGGGACUGUUUCCGUAGCCUAACUGUACAAUGUAUCUGCUAUUACACGAGCCAGUAGCUGACAUUGCCCUGUGACCGUACUAUGAUGUGUGUGCUACUGUGUGUUACAUCUUUUCUGGUAGUAGGAUACGGGUGAAUCAAUAAAGCGCGUAACAUUUUGUUACGUUUUAUAGAAACGUGGUAUAACAAUCUCCCGCACUUUCCCCAACUGCUUUUUAUAAUGUCAGGGGUGAGGCAGCAGCAGCUGUAGCAGUUCUCUGAAAAAGCUUUUAGCCUAAUAUGUUAAUAUGGUUAAAGCCAAGGCUAAUGUUUUGUUGUAAGCAGCCCCCGCCAUUCUACGGUUUUGUAUGUACAAGGUUUUGCAAAGAAACUGUCAGAGGCAUCAUUUGAAGCAAAAUCAAAAUGACUGUGGCAUCUUAUAUAUUGCUUUUGAUUUUUUUGUACAUUCUUGUGUAUAUAUAGUAAAUUAAAAACUAUCUACUCACUA